ACAAAAAUGGCCGCAAGUAAGACUAUCUGGGUCGUUGUCAAACGAUUUGACGAGGAUGAUGACAUUGACAGCAAUGCCGUGUCCAUGAACAUCAAUGACAAUGAAGACACUGAAACAGUCAGGCUUGCAUUGAAGAAGGCAUUCUGUAUCAGUGAUCCUGACCUCAUCCUCAAGCUGCGGAACACGAGGGGUUCUCUCAUCCCAAUCAACAGCAGGAUCGAGGCCAACACUAGCGAAGUGCCCUAUGUGCUGGAGGUUGUGAGACUCUAUCAAAAUGUGAUGCCAUGCGAGAGGUCAGUCCAGCUGAGCAGCUACAGCGAUGCAGUCAAGACCAAGCUGUCCGAGAUCACCAUCAGGCUGCAGGCUCUGGAGACAGCCACACCUGAACUAAACAACAGACGGUCAGAGAAAAUCAAAGCUGAGAUGGGGGAGCUGGACCAGAAGAUUGAGUUCCUGAAGAAGAGGAUCAACGAUGCCGACAGCGCCCACUGGCGGGGCAUGUUCAAGAAGAACCCAAUGUGGUGAUGCCAGUGUGGUUGGAGGAGGGUCAUCAUCACACCAACCUAGAGAACAUCAGACCUCACAGUUGGAUGUGGUGAUACAGGACGUGGGACCAAGUUCAUUCUGACCUCAUCAGUGGAAAUGUGGGCAGAAUAUGUGCCUGUGUUACUAAUGGUUGUUACUGUUCAGACUUUUCCAGGAAUAUAGACGCCUGACAAAUAGUACUUCUAUAAUCAAGGUUGCAUUGUUCAGGAUCAGGAUUGGUAGAAAUCUUAUUGUUAUUGUUCAUGACCAUUGUUGAUAGUGAUCAAAGUGACAUUGUCCAGGACCAACUUUGGUGGUGAUUGAAGUGGCAUUGUUCAUGACCAUCAUCAGAAACAAUUAUAGUAGCAUAAUUCAUGACUAUCAUCAGUGGCAAUCAAUUGUGGUAUUGUUCAUGAUCAAUGUUGGUGGCAAUCAUUGUGGUAUUGUUCAUGACCAUCAUUGGUGGCAAUCAUUGUGGUAUUGUUCAUGACCAAAGUUGGUGGCAAUCAUUGUGGUAUUGUUCAUGACCAUCAUUGGUGGCAAUCAUUGUGGUAUUGUUCAUGACCAAUGUUGGUGGCAAUCAUUGUGGUAUUGUUCAUGACAAAUGUUGGUGGCAAUCAUUGUGGUAUUGUUCAUGACCAAUGUUGGUGGCAAUCAUUGUGGUAUUGUUCAUGACCAUCGUUGGUGGCAAUCAUUGUGGUAUUGUUCAUGACCAUCGUUGGUGGUAAUCAUUGUGGUAUUGUUCAUGACCAUCGUUGGUGGCAAUCAUUGUGGUAUUGUUCAUUAUCACUGGUGGCGAUCAAGGUGGUAUUACCUGCUACAAUCAAGGUUACAUCUCUCAGCCUUAUAAAACAGUAGCAACACUGGACAAAUGUAAUUUUAUGUGAGUUCUUAUUGUGAAUUAGUCAACAUUUGUGAUGACCUUCAUUGCACAUGUUUGUCCAUAGUCUUGACACUGCUCUGGCUCUGACCAGCUGUAUCUCAUCCUAUUCAUCAGCUGCUCCCUUCCUUCAUUGACAAGGCAGAUCACAGGUGACCUUCAAGCUGACAGCUUGGGUGACAUCAUAGUGAUUCAAGGCGACCUCAUAGUACCUCAAGGUGACAUCAUAGUGACUCGAGGUGACCUUGUAGUGACUCAAGGUGACCUUGUAGUGACUCAAAGUGACCUCAUUGUGACUCAAGGGGACCUCGUAGUGACUCAUAGUGACAUCAUAAAGGCUCAUAGUGACAUCUUAGGGCAAAUUUAAUCAACAGGGAGUGUUCCCGAGAAAGAUUGUGAUAUUAGCUUUCAGUAUGUGACCAUAAGCACACCAUGUCAUUCAGUUCCUUUCACAUGGUCAUUCCACCUUAUGCUAGCUUUAGAAAAUAUUGUUAAUAUCAGUAACAUUUUACAUUGUAGACCUUUCACUUAACUGAGCAAUAAGUGACUGGUGCAUGAACACAUCAAGGUUAUUCUGAACAUGGGAGAAGCAUGGGUGACCCAGUCAUUUAAGGCACCGCAAUUUGCUGUGCAGAGUUGCAUUCUUUGGGCACAUUAGUGCGUGAGUGAGUAUGGUU